UUCGUCUUCUUUCUUCCUUUUCUCACACGAGCACAGUAAGAUAGAGAGAGUCGGAGAGACUGAGGGAGGAGAGAAAUAGAGAGAUGAGACCGAGAGAGAACCGAGAGAUGUGAGAGCCGAGAGAUGCUGAGAGAGAGAUGAGAUCGGGAGAGUUGAGGGAGAUGGAGUCCGAUCCUCCGAUGGGUGGCGCCGACGAGACCAGAGGACGCCGGCGACGCGAUCUCCGGUGAGCCCUUGAACCAGAGAUGACCCGGGAGAGAGAGAACCCGAAACCUGUGCAACCCAUGGCCAAGUGACCCGAGACCCGUGAGGACCCGAUCCUCCAUGAUCGGUGGCCGGGACUGAAAUCCGGCGAUGGAGGAGCUUCGGCGGAACCCAGGGGCUUGAACCCGCGACCCAUGAGCCCAGAAAAUUUGAGAACCCGUGACCGUGACCCGUGCGACCCGCAACCCGCCAGACCCGAGAAGAAGACCCGGUUCUUCAAAGUGAUUUUCGGCGACUUUUCCGACGGAAUCAACGGCUUUUUCCGGUGGAUUUGUUGAGGAAAAUCCCCAAGGAUCGUGUUAUAAUUGGAGACUUCAAUGGGUUCUCCAAUGUAGAGUUUGAGUUGGAGUCUAAUGCAGCUGAGGAUCCUUGAAGUAGCUAGGCUGGAACUUCACUAUAGGAAAAUAAAAUCAAAGCAAGUUUCGCUUUCAAAAAAACAACUUUAGGAGGUUAAGAAAGAACAAGAAACAUGACCAAAAUAUGGCUGUAAACAGUGGAGAUACAGAUAUUGAUACAGUUGAUGUCGAACGCUUGGCAUCUUCAAUAGAACAUAUGAUGUCCCAAGAUUUGUUCAUGUCAUCUAAGCGUUGCAUCUUCAAAACACCCAUCGCACUCUACAGGUAUAAUGAAAAAGCUUAUAUCCCUGAUGCAUUUUCAAUUGGGCCUUUCCACCAUGGUUGCCCAAACUUGAAAUCUACAGAAACAAUUAAAGCCAAGUAUUUACUAGGCCUUAUCUCUCGAUCACGCUUUCCAAAUACAAUGCUGAAAGAUUUCAUCAAUACCAUCAAUGCUUUGGUGAGAGAGGCUCGGGAAUAUUAUGCUGGACCGAUCGAAUAUAACCGAGAAGAAUUUGUGAAAAUUUUGGUAAUUGAUGGUUGCUUUAUGAUUGAGCUAUUCUGCAGGAAUGCUUCCAAGCAGCUUAGAGAAGAAAAUGACCCUAUUUUUAGCAUGUCUAGUAUGCUUCAAGUUCUAGGCCAUGACUUGAUAUUGCUAGAAAACCAAGUACCUUGGAUGGUGCUUGAGCAUUUGUUCAGCAUGUUCACGGCCCCUGUAAGCGAUAUGACCCUAAUUGAACUUGCCAUUGCAUUCUUUUGUGAUAUUUACGCAUUCACGCGGCCUACUAGAUCUGAUCAUCUUCGAGACAUCAAACAUAUUCUUGACCUAGUCAAAAAAGGGAUGCUUUCAUCCAUUGAAGUAGACGAAGAAAAGAUACCGCAAUUAGGAUGGGAACUCGUACCUUCUGCUACACGUCUCGUAGAGGCUGGAAUCAAACUCCGAAAGAGUAGGUCCAAAAAUAUGUUGGACAUAAAAUUUGAAAAAGGUGUCCUCGAAAUUCCUCCAGUAAGAAUUCAUGAGACCACAGAAACAGUUUUUAGGAAUCUCAUCAGCUAUGAGCUAUGUUACCCCAACAGUGACGAUAGGAUCACUUCCUAUGCCAUACUUCUGGACAACCUCAUUGACACUGUUAAGGACGUGGAGAUACUCUCUGAAAAUGGCAUUGUUUGUAACUGGUUGAAUCCAGAGGAUGCGGCCCGAUUCUUCAACAAGCUUUACCACAGAACUUGUGUCGUGAACCAGUACUAUCACGGAAAGCUUUGCAUGCAAGUGAAUGAAUAUUGUGAAAAGAGAUGGCCAAGAUGGCGUGGAAUGCUUGUGCGCAACUAUUUCAACACUCCAUGGGUUGGUCUUUCAACAUUUGCCGCUGUUAUCCUUUUGAUCCUCAACUCCGUACAAACUUGGUAUAGUAUUAGAUGAUGCAGCAAGUUAUCAGCAAGCCCACUCCAUCCUCUUUGCAGCACAGCAAGCACCUCUGCAACAAGUCAUCAACCACUCCCAUGCCGGCACCCAUUCUUCUCCACCCAUACCUACCUGUAUUUUCCCUUAGUUUUUCCUUUUGUCUUUUGGUUCUUACCCUUCUCUUAAGUCUAUAUAUAUUAGACUAUUUUGUAGUCCUUACUGUCCUUUGGCUUACCUGUGUUCUUCUCUUGAUCUUCCUCUUGACUUAUCUGUUUCUGUAAUUCUCUUUAUUUUCUAAUAUAUAGCAUGAAAAGUUAAGUAUUUACAA